CUAGUGACGACCGGAAAUUAUGUACACAUGUCGUUGUCGCAGUGUCAAGUAACAGGUUCUGUUUUGCAUUUACUGACUUUUGACAUCGAAACAUUUCAGUGCAUCGAUUCGUUUUGUGGCAAUUAUUCAUAGUGCACAUAUGGCUUAUCCAGGAUAUGGCGGGGUGAGUAAACGCUUCGUGUGUUCUUUUGACUGUGAUUUUACAGUAGCCAACAUAAGUCAGGAGUUUGGCCUAUUCCAUUUCCGAUAAAGGGAGUGCUCAGAUAAGACUCCUAAAAUGUAUCUUUGUUAUUAUGAAACAUUGUAACAUGGUCAGUUGUAAGCAAAAUCGUUACAAAUCGACAUUGAACGGUUGCGCAUCUUUCUACACACAGUCAUUUUGGCAAAUAGGCUAUAGCUUGGUUAAGAAAGAAAGUUGAUAUUGCCCUCAGUUCUAGCUACUUAGUUCAGUCGCUAGUUCCUGGUUAAGGAUUCAGUUUUCAUAUAAAUAGUUAUUGCCCCCCACGAUGAACUAGGGGAGGGGACUGGAUCUGUCUCCAUAUGUUCGUUCUUACGUUAGUCACACGCGAUAUCACAGACAGCAUUGGGCCGAUUUUGACGAAACUUGGAUGAAUGAUGCGUCUUGUCAUUGAGAUGCGGUAUUUACAAAAUUACACUGAAUGGUGGGAGAUAAAGUAAUUAACGUCUUAAGGAUCGGACCCUUUUUUUCAAUUUUCGCCUAAAAUGACAUACCCAAAUCUAACUGCCUGUAGCUCAGGACCUGAAGCAAGGAUAUGCAUAUUCUUGAUACCAUUUGAAAGGAAACACUUUGAAGUUUGGAAAUGUGAAAUUAAUGUAGGAGAAUAUAACACAUUAGAUCUGGUAAAAGAUAAUACAAACAAAAAUCUUUGAAAUGGAAGAGAAAGGCCACAAUAUAUUAUUGCAGUUUAGGCGCAAUUUAGAUUGUGGCCACUAGAUGGCAGCAGUGUGUGUGCAAAGUUUCAGAUUGAUCCAGUGAAGCAUUGUAAUACUGGACUAUUUUGUAUCAAGUCUGGCCAAAUGUGCCGAUUUGGUCAAUUGAUACAUAUUCAAGUACAUAACUAUAGAGAACAUACAAAAAUGAUAUGGUAAUACAAAAUGUACAUUUACACACUCCCAGGGAUGUCAUACAUGAUGGAUCAUUAGCUUAUACACUAACUUUCACACAACUUGAUGGCCGGGCUGGGUGGGUGUGGAGCCAGAGACAGCAGGGGUUCAAACAGUAGAACCCAGUUCCUACAUUUGAAUAUAAAAAUUGAUUUUAUCAAACAAAACUAUGCUACAUUUUUAUCUCUGGGACCCUUAGGAUGACAAAUCAGAGCAAGAUUACUAAAUGUAAGUACAUUAUUUACCUUCAGAGGUGAAUGUAUCAAACCAGUUGCCGUGAUAAUUUUGUUGUUGUUGUGCACUCUCCUCAAACAAUAGCAUGGUAUUUUUUCACUGUAAUAGCUACUGUAAAUUGGACAGUGCAGUUAGAUUAACAAUAAUUUAAGCUUUCUGCCCAGCUAAGACAUGUCUAUGUCCUGGAAAGUUUGCUAAUCACAUUAGCGCACGUUAGCUCAAUCGUCCCGUAUACGGGACACCGAUCCCGUAUAGGUUAACUGAAAUGUGUUAGUCACUCGCAAUAUCUCAAUUGGCCCAAGGGGGGUGUUGCAUCAUUCUUGGGGGACGACAUGUUUACUGUUGCCUUGUUUAUUUUGGAGUAACAAUUGAAUUUGGCCAACUGGUAUUGUGUAAGUCUUUAGAAGCACUUAAUGCUGUAGUUUCAAAUCACCCUCUAUAAAUACACUACUAGGUAGGUGGCUAUUUAGGCUAACUAGUUACAGUAGCCUGUCUGUAGUUAGUAGCCUAUUCUUGGCUACAUACACUGUGUCAACCCCACUAGCAUGGCCAACAGCUCAACCUCUCCCAUUUGGGGAAAUGGUAUGCGUGUUAUUCUUCUGUCAUGGUCACUGCAUUGACAGCAUGGAUGUCCACACCUAGCCCUCGAGAACACAAGGGGGGGUAGGCCUAUACCCAGACCUUGAGUUCUCAAUUGAACAUAUGGACCUCAGCUGGAUCAAUUAACUACAAUCCCAACGCUCUGUUUUAACGUUUAGAAACAUUAAUAAUCCUUGCUUGCGAUCCGGUUUUGGAAACCUUUGGAACUUAACUUUCACAUCGGGAGAAACAAUCUUUCAAAUACAAAAGAUAGACUUACUGUACGCAGUUUAGCAAAGAUGCACCCGGCAGAAUUUUCAAAACACAGCCCCCAGCUGAGGUACAAAACUUCCUCCCCAGUUAUGCUCCAUUGCAGAUGUUUGAAGUAGAAAUUGCAGGGGAGGAAGUGUAGUCUCGGUUGGAGGUGGUGUUCUUGAAAAUACAGCCAGGUGAAACGUUCCUAAACUGCAUACCGUAAGUGUAUAUUUACUAUUUGAUUUUUUUUCUCUCACUUUUUUGAAAGAUAAGUUCCAAAUGUUUACAAAAUUGUGUCACGUGCCAGGUGUAUUUGCGUUUAGACAGAACAUUUGGGGAGCGUCGGAGCGUCGGGCAUUUUCCUCACAAGGUUAAUGGGGACGUCCAGUGGCUCAAUGUAACGCAGUGGAAUUGGAGUCAUGGGCUAGUCCACACCCUGCUAAUAUUCAGUGAAAAUAUCCUCAAUACAUUUAGAAGUAGGUCCACAACCUGCUAAUAUUGUCAGUGAAAAUAUCCUCAAUACAUUUAGAAAUAGGUCCACAACCUGCUAAUAUUAUCAGUGAAAAUAUCCCCACUACAUUUAGAAAUAGGUACACAACCUGCUAAUAUUGCUUAUAUUGACAGUGAAAAUAUCCUCACUACAUUUAGAAAUAGGUACACAACCUGCUAAUAUUGCUUAUAUUGACAGUGAAAAUAUCCUCACUACAUUUAGAAAUAGGAAACUGGAGUUAAUGCACAUGACUCCAUUGUAAACAAUCACCUGACAACAUCGUAUAAGUAUGACUGUACUCUCUGAGAAAGAAGUCAUGUGACGUCCAAACGUCAGUAAUAGUAUACCUGUUUGCUUCCCAUCAUGGCAUAAAGCCUGAGUGUAAGAACAUCUACUGUGCCUUCAGAAAGUAUUCAUGCCCCUUGACAUAUUCCACAUUUUGGUGUUACAGACAGAAUUCAAAAUUGAUUAAAAAAGAAAAAAAUUCACCCAUCUAUACACAAUACACCAUAACGACAAAUUAAAAACAUAUCUUUAGACAUUUUUGCAAAUGUAUUGAUAAUGAAAUGCAGAAAUAUCUCAUUUACAUAAGUAUUCACACCCCUGAGUCAAUACUUUAUAGAAGCACCUUUGGUGGCGAUUACAGCUGUGAGUCUUUUUGGGUAAGUCUCUAAGAGCUUUGCACACCUGGAUUGUACAAUAUUUGCCCAUUAUUCUUAAAAGAUUCUUCAAGGUCUGUCAAGUUGAUUGUUGUUCAUUGCGAGACAGGCAUUUUCAAGUCUUGCCAUAGAUUUUCAAGCCGGUUUUUUUAAAGUCAAAACUGUAACUAGGCCACUCAGGAACAUUCAAUGUCGUCUUGGUAAGCGACUUCAGUGUAGAUUUGGCCUUGUGUUUUAGGUUAUUGUCCUGCUGAAAGGUGAAUUUGCCUCCCGGUGUCUGUUGGAAAGCAGACUGAACCAGGUUUUCCUCUAAGAUUUUACCUAUGCUUAUACCUGUUUCUAUUUAUCAAAAAAAAAAAAAAACUUAUUCUGUAGAGGCGUCCUUCUUUUCACUUUGUCAUUUAGGUUAGUAUUGUGGCGUAACUACAAUGUUGUUGAUCCAUCCUCAGUUUUCUCAUAUCACAACCAUUCAACUCUGUAACUGUUUUAAAAUCACCAUUGGCCUCACUGUGAAAUCCCUGAGCAGUUUCCUUCCUCUCUGGCAAUUGAGUUAGGAUGGACACCUAUAUAUUUGUGGUGACUGGGUGUAUUGAUACACCAUCCAAAGCCUAAUUAAUAACUUCACCAUGCUCAAAGGGAUAUUCAGCAGCUGCUUUAUUGUUUUUUUUACACAUCUACCAAUCGGUGCCCUUCUUUGCGAGUCAUUGAAAAACCUCCCUGGUCUUUGUUGUUGAAUAUGUGCUUGAAAUGCAUUACUCGAUUGAGGGACCUUACAGAUACUUGUAUGUGUGGGGUACAGAGAUGGGGUAGUUAUUCAAAAAUCAUGUUAACCACUAUUAUGGAACACGGAAUGAGUCCAUGCAACUUAUUAUGCGAUUUGUUAAGCACAUUUUCACUCCUGAACUUACUUAGGCAUGCCAUAGCAAAGGGGUUGAAUACUUAUUGACUCAAAACAUUUCAGCUUUAUGUUUUUUAUUAACUUCAAACAUUUUUUACAAACAAAAUUCCACUUUGACAUUAUGGGGUACUGUGUGUUGGAUCAGUGACACAAAAUCUCAAUUUAAUCAAUGUUAAAUUCAGACUGUAACACAACCAAAUUUGGAAAAAGUUAAGGGGUAUGAAUACUUAUUAAAGGCACUGUAUAUCUCUGCUUGUUUUUUAGAGCGCUCCAAUCUGUUUAUAUUGAAUUAGUCAUUUUUGAGAAGUUUUCCUUAAGCCCUGUUACUUGAUGACUGUGCUCUCCUUUUCCUGUCAGUAUGGAGGACCAAUGCAAGGCAUGCCACUCCAGGGUAUGCCCAUGCAGGGUGGACCCAUGGGAGGCCCACCCCAGGCAUGCUACCCCCAGAAUGGUGGAGGCUACCCAGGGAACCUUUGGUGCUCCUCCUCAGCAGCCUGUUAACGACCCCAUGUGGGGGUACUUUACUACCAUAGCAGGACAGGUGAGUGAUCAAUGCUUUUUAAUUUCAUGAUCAUAGAUAGUAAAUAUUGCUCUUUGGAUAGAAUGCAACAUUACUGGUACAUGCAUGAUUCCAUGUGAUAAUGUGUGUCAUGGUUACACCAUAAAGUAAUCUCAAGACAUUCAAGUGUUUUUUUUAAAUAUAUCAAAUAUGACAUUCACUGCACAGUAAUGAUAAGCCUUUGUUGGAGAGUGAUCUUACAGUGAUAUUCCUCUGUGCAGGAUGGGGAGAUUGAUGCAGAGGAGCUUCAGAGAUGUCUUACACAGACUGGUAUCAGUGGCACCUAUACUCGUAAGUUUACACCCAGUCCCAUGGUCAAGGUUCACUUUGUGGUCAGAUAUGAUCCGAUUUCAUGAUGAUGUAUGUGUUUUAUGAUUUGAGUAUCCCACGUUUAAUAUAGUCUUUACAAAGAUUCGUCACAGGUUUUGUGAUUGGUAUUGUCAUAUUUUAUGUACGUUUUUCAUUGUGUGAUCAUAGUUUCUCUUCUCCAACAGCCUUCAGUUUGGAGACAUGUCGAAUCAUGAUCGCAAUGCUGGAUGUAUCCUUUCUAUAGCAAUGAAUCUCUUGGACUCGGCCUCUGUCCAGUGUCAUCAAAGUUUGCUUGGUAGUGCACUUUGCCACUUUGACUUGCUGGUGAAAAUGAAUAGCAGUCAUAAAUGUUAAUGAAUGAAUGAAUAAACCUAAUGUGUCAGUGCUGAGUUCAUCCUUCUCUUUUAACAGUUGUAGAGGUGUGAAAGCUUUAAGGAGUAGGUGGUCGGGGAUGAUUCAUUUUAAUUCCCCUAAAUUACUUCCUGGUUGCAGUAUAUUUGACUGUCUUAUACAAGGCCUAGUCUAGUGGGUCCCAUUCAGUAUGUAUUUGCCAAUACAUUUGCAAGAGGGAACUUGCCUCAUGCUCCAUUUGCGUCAUGCCUGUAGCUCCAUUUUCAGAGGUAUAGGAACAUUCUAGUCCUGUUUCUCUCUGAACAUGUUCAUGCUUCUUAUGUACAGUAAUAUACUUUACAACAUUCAGCAUUUGCUGUUUGGGAUGUUCUAUAUCAUUUAUUUUCUUCAGAAUAAACACAUGAUACGUGUGUAAGUGGGCUAUAUUGAGACAGAGGGUUACUUAUGGAAUUUAUUCAGUUGCAGAAAGGUCAGGUUCUCCCACAUUUACCACAGCUCAUCAUAUCCUGUGUGCGACCAGCUCACAGGGCCGUUUUUAGUUUCUCUUUACCUAAUGAACAGAGUUAACCCUUAACUAACCACCCACCAGAGAGACAUGACCGGAAAGCUGGGCUUCAAUGAGUUCAAGGAGCUGUUUGCUGCCCUGAGUGGCUGGAAGCAGAACUUCAUGAUGUUCGACCAGGACCGGAGUGGCACGGUGGAACCCCAUGAGAUGAGCCAGGCCAUCUCCGCAAUGGGUGAGUCAGUGCUCUGAUAGGCUAAUGAUAUGGGAUAGUUCAUUCUGAUAGGAUGAUGACAUGGGAUAGUCCAUUCUGCCAUCCAAAGAGGGGCAGCGUUCCAGAGCCUGGUUCAGAUGCAGCUUCCGAAGGGGUUGAGAGGUUUGACUUCUUUAAAUUAUUUAAGCCAUGGAUGAUAGACUCCUACAAUAAUUAUAAUUUUGGGGUAGAUGGACAUAAUUACAAGGUAAUGGUCCGAGAGACCCUUCUUGCUACAAAGUAGAUGGACAAUAGGAAAAGGGCUGGUGUUUAUGACCAUUGUCAACUAAAUGCAGUGGUCACUAUGGAUGAAUCCUAAUACUACGUUGGCUUAUGUAUAAUUGAAUGCAUGUUGUGGUCUGUUACUGCAGGCUACAUGAUCAGCCCACAAGCUCUGAACGCUAUCAUCAAGCGCUACAGCAAGGCUGGCCGAAUCUACUUUGACGACUAUGUGGCAUGUGCUGUGAAGCUUCGCGCCCUCACA